UCCUUAAAGCCGCAGCCCGGGUAGGAGCCGCAGUGGCGGCAGCGGCCAGUGCCAGGCGCCGUUGGCUGGAUGCGGCAGAGCCCCUCCCGCUAUCCCCAGACACCAAGCCCCGCCGGAGCCCGCGCCCCUCGCAGCGCAGCAGUCGUCGCCGGCGCCGGCAGGAUGUUUGACAAGACGCGGCUGCCCUUCGUGUUCCUGGACGUGGUCUGCGUGGUGCUGGCUGGCUUACCCCUGGGUGUUCUAAACUUGGCCAAAAUAAAGCCAUAUCAGAGAGGCUUUUUCUGUAAUGAUGACGGCAUCAAGUAUCCAUUCCAUGACAGUACUGUCACAUCCACUGUCCUCUAUGCAGUGGGGUUCACCCUGCCCAUUUGCUCUAUAAUCGUAGGAGAAGGCCUGUCUGUCUAUUAUAACUGUUUGCACUCGAAUUCAUUUGUCAGAAAUAACUACAUAGCCACUAUUUACAAAGCCAUUGGGACCUUCAUUUUUGGUGCGGCGGCUAGCCAAUCCCUGACGGAUAUUGCCAAGUACUCCAUAGGUAGACUGCGGCCCCACUUCCUGGCUAUAUGUCAACCAGAUUGGACACGAGUCAACUGCAGUCUAGGUUACAUUGAAAACUUCCCAUGUCAAGGUGACAAAGUACAAGUUAAUGAGGGAAGACUGUCAUUUUACUCUGGGCAUUCUUCAUUCUCCAUGUACUGCAUGCUGUUCCUAGCACUUUAUCUUCAGGCCAGAAUGAAAGGAGAUUGGGCAAGACUUGUACGUCCCACAGCGCAAUUUGGUCUCAUUGCCGCAUCUAUCUACGUGGGUCUCUCCCGUGUUUCUGAUUACAAACAUCACUGGAGUGAUGUGUUGACUGGACUCCUUCAGGGAGCAGUGGUAGCUGUACUCAUUGUGGUGUAUGUAUCAGAUUUUUUCAAAGUAAGGGGAUGUACCUUUAAACCCAAUGAAGAUUCGCAUACAACUCUACAUGAGACACCAACAAAUGGAAAUCACUAUGGCAGUAAUCACCAACCAUGAUACUGUGAAGUAUCCUGCUUUCUAAAAGAAAAAUGAUUUAAUAUGUAAAAUAAAUAAAUGCCUUUAAGGGACUGCUGCUGCUAUAUAUCUCUUGGAUGCUCACUUUACAUGUGUAUAUAGUAACAUAACAGCAUUAUGUGUAUGUAAUAGCUUUAAAAAUCUUUAAAUUCUAUUAGUUCAAGCUUACUGCUUAUAAAACAUUUAAAUGUAAUUUUUUUAUUAAAAUAACAUGGUAACACUUA